AAAUCCAGUUAAUUUCCCUUUUCCGUGAGCAGCAUUUAUUUUCAUUUUGAAUUUUCGCAAACGUGGGCACUUAAGCCACCUUAUAGCCUGCCGUACACAGCAGUUUUUUUUUUUGGCGCGCGAGCAAGGCUCCGUUUUUCUUGUUGAUAGUCACCAUCGUUGAUUUUAAAGAGAGAGGGCUUGGGCCGAGAGUGAUUAAUAGGAGGCUGAAAGAAACAAGUGGGGGAGGGUAACAGGCCUGUCUCCCAUCCCUUCAUCCUGUGACUCGUGCACCACAACCAGAGUGAAUUCACGUGUUUCCUGUCUCCUCCCUCACCACCACCCGCUCCCGGCAAAAACGUCUGCACUGCAGGCGAAGUUAAUAUAAGAGCGAAAGCGAUGACAUUCAUUCCUUGGUUUUACAGGAGGAAAAAGAGAAAGAAGAGAUGGCUGGUGCGAACAAAAUUUCAGAUCCGAGAAAAAAGGGGUCCAAAGAUGACAAGUCUAAAAAAGGUAAACUUUGUGUUUAUCACUUGGUUUUUAAUAGAAAAGUCAAGUAGGAAUACUCCAUAAUUUCAUCGCCUGCUUUUCACACCCUUGGUUCCAGGUGACAUUUCGACAAGUUAGAUCCUAUGGUAUGCUGUUCAUUAUACUGAUUUAGCUGAUCCUGACUGUUGUAUCUGUAUGGAGGUUGAAAGUGCGACUAUUUGGAUGAAGGCACAUUACUUCUUUUCGGUUGCCUUUUUACUAUGCUGUGCACGUUGCAGAUGAACGCUAGUAGUUCCCUCCUUUUGUGUCUUAAGUUGUUCAUCACGUCAAUGCUUUUGUGCAACACUUUCUCGUGAACAAGUCACAGUGCUGCUUGUUAUUAACCAUUACAAAUCGCUUGGUUGUUAAUCGGAAUUGGAGAAGUUGAGUUGUGGGGUAACAAUUCUAGUUUAGUGAAGUCUUUUUUUCUUACUUGACUUAUAUCAUACUCUAUUCUUGUCUUUGGGAUUUAGGCGUUGCUUCUAAAGGAAAAGGAACGAAAGGAGACAGCCUAGUAGCUCUCAAGCGUACUCCUUCAAAUUCUGGUCCUAGUAAGUUGAUUUAAGAAUGUUUAUUUACCUUCUUGUUGCUCUGAUAUGGCAAGGCAAGAAUAACAGGUCUUCAAUAGCCUACUGAAUCUCCUUAGGUGCUUCAGUGCGGUCUUAAGUGUUAAAAGUUGGAUAGUGCUAUCCACCGGACAAAUCACUGUCCAGUGGAUAGAGAUUUAUCCAUUGGAUAGCGUUAUCCACCUUUUGAACAACCAAAGCCUGAUCAAAAGAAAACAAAACAGAUUGCUCGCAAUGUAAACCGCAACUUUGUCUAGCAAAUCUGAGUUAAGUAAUCGUAUCGUUACGGUUUUAGAUAUUUGAAUGCACUCCGUGAUCAUUAGUGUACUAUUUUCACCUUUAGAUGAUGACACGUUUUACAAAGAUUGUUUCAAAAUUAUUGUUAAUGUUCUUGCUCUUGAACUUGGCUGAUUUUUAUGCUGUACAGGUGCGUCCAGCAAAACGACCCAGAAAACUGCACCAGCUAGAAGCCUGGGAACUAGCACAAAAAGUUCACCCUCAUCCAGUCUACAGAGACUCCCCAGCUUGUCCUCAGCCCUCCCCCUUACGACUUCUGGUCCCAGCCCAAGUACGUCAUCUGGUAGUUCGUGGAGAGGUUCCCCUAAUGCUAGUACGCAGGCGCGAAGCUCAGUGACGUCCGCUGCUGUCAAAACAACUGGAAAAACCACCAAGGAUAAGACGUAAGCGUUAUAUGACUGGUUUCAAUACUCCUCACACAUUGUUAAAUUAACCAAUCAGAUCUCGGAACAAGUACCUUUCACCAAUGCUAAUAGCGGAAAUCGCACGUGAUCAAGGCAUGCUUGGCCUUGCCUUCCAUUGUAAUAGAAAACACUGUGAGGGAAAACGUUAGUUGGUCCUAAGGUUGGUGUGACUGUGUUGGCCAACCAGCAGAAGUUUUUUAUAACACCGUGAAACACUCAAACUUUGAUAUCAUUGUUUUUCGUUUUUUUAGGACUGAAAAGUCAACAGCUGGAAAGAAUAAAAAAUCGAUUCCAUUGAGUUCCGGAAAUUAUUCCCGAGGAGGUUUCUAACUGCAAAGGUCACAAGCUUCUUCAUGUGACAGUCGGUGUAGACAUAAAUGACGCGUUCUUUGGUGGUUCUUCAGUUAACAGGGAAUUAGUCAUUGCUCCUACGAGUGACAAAAAUGCAACUGACCACGGAGACGGAAUUCAAAAAGGAGAAUAUACGAGACUUAUUUUUCUAGUUCUCUAAAAAGUAAGGACAUUUUUGCUUCCGUUGAAUUUCAGUUCCAAUCUCCUCGUGACCGCUUGGGAUGUAUAUUGGCCACGCAACGCAACUGUCGAGUUAUAUUUCCAAGCGACUGGGACAACGCAUUUGUCACAAAUCUAUUCAACACCGUCGGUUGUGUUUAAGCUUCUAUAACUAUGUUUAUUAAUGGAAAAGGUACGCUUGAAAUUCGUCCGGCGUCAAGAAUCCAGUUUUCAUAGGACUGGAUGAAAAUAACUUGAGACAAUUGUCUAGUUUACAUUUACCCACAUUUUCCUCUUGUAAAUAUUAAUAGUGGUCAAUAUUCUUCUGCUAGUUCUUUCUAUUUUAAUCACCCGAUGUCCUUUUUACGAAAAGAAUAUUUAUAUUUGAUUUGCAGUUAGCAAGCUCGCAAGGCAGUUAUGUAACGUAAUUUAUGGUAAAGAAAACUCGUUUGACAACAAACACUCUUUAAAAGUUAAAGCAUUAAAAAAGUCUCCGCUGCGACAUUUUGUUGCCUUAACUUCUCCAAAAUUCUUGCCUCGUCUCCACGCCUAAGUGUGAAAUC